AUGACCAUCAUACCCGACCAAGCCCUCAGCCAGGAGUUGUCCGUCCUCCUGGACAAGGGUACCAUCGAGCCUGUUGCAAUCCAGGGGGUUCUACUUUUUGGAAGCAGACAAAGAUGGUGGACUAUGUCCCAUCCUCGACUUGAUGUGUCUCAACAGAUUCCUGAAGGGCCUGAGGUUCAACAUGCUCAGCACUGCAGAGGUACUGCGCACCGUAGUCAAGGAGGAGUGGUCCCGACUCUGAGUUUCUCUUGGAACCUGUUCGCUAUCUGUCAAUUUGUGUAGACACACACACUGAGGACAGAAUAAAGUCAUUUCUCCUUCAGGGCAUACCCAUGGCUUCCAUUGCAUCCCGAGACCAUCACGGCAGAUGUCUCCCUCUGGAAGAGAUUUUGCAGGAACAGAUCUUCUGAUGUCACCAGAAAAUAUAGACUGACAGGGGUUACACAUGACUUUGUUGGUAUAAACACUCAACCUGCCUCUGGCGGUCAUCUAGGAUUCAUAGAACCAUAGUUAAAUAUCUAACUUUCGUUGUCAAGCCUCCUCGCAAACAAAUGAUUUCUCAAACCAUCACACAUUCAUCAUUCCUACAUAUGCAAAACAGCCUCAAUUAAAAAAAAAAAAAUAAUAAUAAUAAUAAAUAAAAUAAAAAACUUGGUAACCCGUUAAAGUAAGGUUGAAAUGUUAGUUGACUGUACAGCUUCAAGAUAAGAUGAAUGAUUUGUAAUGAGGAGGAUUUCUUUUCCCACUAUUACCAGUGAUCCCUCAAACAACAGACUGAAGAAUGAAGGAUUUCUUUGGAAAAGAUAUCGACCGAAAUGUCAGCCAUUAUUUUAAAAUGACUGAUACCCCUACAGAAGACAGUGGCUCUGUGUUGACAGUGGCGACAUACAUCAUCUUCUCCAUCGGCAUGCCGUUGACCCUCAUGGCCAUCUACUCUGCGUAUUUCACAGUAAGUACAAUUUUACUCAAAUGUAUUCAUGUACUCCUCAUUUUGGUCUGUGUCUAUUAAAUAUUCUGGUCACAGCUGACCACAGUGACUGGCGAGUAAUCUUGUUUUCCAUUGUCACAGUUAAAUGGAGCAGUUGGACAAAUGAACACCACAUAUUUGGUAGAAGGUGGAGUACAGAAUAUUUCUAAAACCACUGAUUGAAUCUGAAAACUGUUUUCCUGCAGGUGCGAAGUGAUCCUGUUGCUGCGAUCUACGUCUUUAACCUUAUCAUUGCUGAUCUUAUUCAACUCUGCUGCAUGUUCAUAUCUGAGGUACCAUCAGCGCGCACGGACUAUAUCGCAGAAGUUUAUCUCAUUGCUGUACAGGCCAGUAUUGGCUUCAUGGUGUCUCUCGCCAUAGAAAGGUAA